AGCAGCAGCAGCCAUCGUGGCAGUAUUCUCGUUGCGUUGGCACGGCAUUGACCAAUCAAACAUGUCCUGCUGUUCUUCUUCUUCUUCUUCGUCCUCGUCUUCUGUUCUUGCCCUCUCGGACAGACAAGUAAUUAUAUAUAAAAUUCCAGGUCGAUGUUGAUCUCGGACUCAUCCGCUCGUUCUUGUUCUUGAGCCCAUCGAGAGGAUCGGGAUCCCCUGUCCCCCAAGAACCGCAUACCCCAUUCGCGGCCUUGUCGAUAAACCCCCGCCCACGGCGCAGCAUCGCUCCGCCAUGGUUGUCUUCUCGGUUCGCUUCUUGAAUUAGGGAAAAAGCUCGGGAUCGGAUUGAAAAUAAGAGUUUCAAGAAAGUCAUGGGGUCGAUCCGAGAAGCUCUGUCCGUGGAAUGGGAGCGGGAAUCUUAUCCGGCGCACGCGGAUUUCGCCCUCCUCCCUCUCUUCGCCCUCUUCUUCCCUUCCGUCCGGUUCUUCCUCGACCGAUUCGUGUUCGAGAAAGCAGGCAGAAGGUUAAUCUUUGGAAAGAGUUAUCAGAGAAUGGAUCUUGAGACAGAUGAAGGAAAGAAGAGGAUAAGGAAAUUCAAAGAAUCAGCAUGGAAAUGUAUUUACUAUCUUUCAGCUGAACUGUUGGCUCUCUCUGUCACUUAUGAUGAGCCUUGGUUCUCUAAUACGAUGAAUUUUUGGGUAGGACCAGGAAACCAGGCUUGGCCUGACCAGAAAAUUAAGUUCAAACUGAAGGGAUUGUAUAUGUAUGCAGCUGGAUUUUAUGCCUAUUCCAUAUUCGCUUUGAUCUUUUGGGAAACAAGGCGAUCUGACUUUGGGGUGUCAAUGAGUCAUCACGUAGCAACUCUCAUUCUCAUUGUGCUGUCGUACAUAUUAAGGUUUGCUCGAGUUGGUUCAGUUGUUUUGGCUCUUCAUGACGCCAGCGAUGUCUUUUUGGAGGUAGGGAAGAUGUCCAAAUACGGUGGUGCUGAGAAGGUUGCAAGCUUCUCUUUUGUACUCUUUGUCUUGUCUUGGAUAAUAUUACGCCUCAUUUACUACCCUUUCUGGAUCCUUUGGAGUACAAGCUAUGAGGUUAUGCUUACAUUGGACAAGGAAAAACACCGAGUAGAUGGACCGCUCUACUACUAUAUUUUCAACUCUCUGCUGUACUGCUUGCUUGUCCUUCAUAUAUAUUGGUGGGUCUUGAUUUAUAGAAUGCUUGUUAAGCAAAUUCAAGCAAGAGGGAAAGUCAGUGAUGAUGUUAGAUCUGAUUCUGAAGGUGAAGAUGAUCAUGAAGAUUGAGCAGCAAGAGAAAAGAUAUGGAGAUAUUGCCACAAUGAGGCUGUGAUGUACUAAACUUGCUGAGAGGUUGCUGUACUACUAUUCUUUUGAAGCUAAUACCAGCUUGUAGGGAUUUGUCUGUCAUUUAGUUCAAGUGUUUAAGCAAUUAGAAGAUGUGAUGAUUAGGUGGACAUGGUGGUUAAUAUGAGAUUUUGUCAUUAUGAUUCGGCACCCUGAUUAGAUCACCAUCUCAUGUGGAAUUGUUCGAGGAACUCGUUGGGAAGCAUUUUCUCAGAAUGGGCAGGUCUUGAAUGGCUUGGGGCACUGAAAGUGUGGCAACUCAGAUAUGAUUCUUACUUCCCCGAGAAGCAUGUUAGAUAUGAAUAUUGAGGUGUUACAAGAUUCUGGUUUAGAGAAGAGGUAGUUCUUCUGGAAGAUAAGAUAAUACGUUUUUGGUUGCUUGUGUACAAUAAGAGCGCCAAUUCGUUUCGUGUAAGUUUUGCUGUUUACCAUUGUUGGAUUUUCUUCUCUGAAGUGCAAUACAGACGGCACUGGAUAUCAUAG